CAGCUAUAAACACUUGUGUUUUUGUAAGAAAGAUCAAAAGAUUGGUGAAGCAGAUAUGGAACCAAAGGUGGCCAAGCUUGGAACCUCUCUUCUUGUGCCUUGUGUUCAAGAGUUGGCCAAAGAACCCCGUGAAACGGUUCCUCCAAGAUAUGUACGCUAUGAUCACCAAGAUCUGGCCCCCAUCAAUGGCGACGAUGUUCCGGUGAUCGAAAUUCCGGUGAUCGACAUGAAACGCUUGCAUUCUCAAGAGUUCAACGACUCUGAAUUGGCUAAGCUCCAUUCUGCUUGUAAAGAUUGGGGAUUUUUUCAGUUGGUGAACCAUGGCGUGACAACUUCACUAAUAGAAAAAAUAAAGAGAGAGGUUGGUGAGUUAUUCAACCUUCCAAUGGAGGAGAAGAAGAAACUAUGGCAGUCGUCUGGAGAAGUCGAGGGUUUCGGACAAUCUUUUGUUGUGUCCGAAGAGCAGAAGCUGGAUUGGGGGGACUUGUUCUUCUUGAGCACUCUACCUGUUUAUAUGAGGAAACCCCACUUAUUCCCAAACCUUCCUCUUCCUCUAAGAGACACUUUGGAGUUGUACUCGUUGGAGGUGAAGAAUCAAGCAAUGGAGAUCCUAGAAUUAAUGGCAAAAGCACUAAACAUGAAAGAUGAGGAAAUGAGAGAGUUUUUUGAAGAAGGAUAUCAAUCAAUAAGGAUGAAUUAUUACCCUCCAUGUCCACAACCAGAGAAAGUUAUUGGGUUAACUCCCCAUUCGGAUGCCGUAGCUCUCACAAUCCUCCUACAAGUCAAUGAAGUGGAAGGUCUCCAAGUUAGAAAAGAUGGCAAGUGGGUUCCUGUCAAACCUCUUCCUAAUGCUUUUAUUGUCAACAUUGGAGACAUGUUAGAGAUGAUAACAAAUGGGACAUAUCGAAGCAUUGAACACAGAGCGACUGUGAAUUCUGAAAAGGAAAGGCUUUCCAUCGCUACGUUUUACUCCCCCAGAUAUGAAGGCGAAGUGGGACCCGCACUCAGCUUGAUUGGCGAAGACAAACCAGCAUUGUUUAAGCGUGUAUCAGUGGAGGAGUAUUUUAGGGGCUUGUUUGCUCGCGAGCUUAUUAGCAAAUCUUAUCUUGAUGUCAUGAGGAUAUGACUUAUCAACACAUGUAGUUGACCUUAUAAUUCCAAUAAACGGUGUCCAUAUAUAUUUAUAUAUAUAGGGCAUCGAUGAGACAUUUUGACUUUAUAUUUUUGUAAUUUUACCUACGUCCUCA